UAUCGACGUCCUUCUCGCAGCAGCUCCGCUCUCCAUCCUCCGUCUCCACCCUCCUCCUCCUACUCCUCCUCCUUCGCCGCCGCCGCCUCAGCAUCACUUCCUCUGCAGGUGGAUGAGGCUGGAAGCCCCGGAGACAAGAGCCAUGCCCGGGAUCCGCUGCUGUCAGACUUCUGAGCACCUCCCUUCGCGCCGGGGACCACAUCCUUAAAUGACCCGCGGCUGAGGAGGGGGUGUCUCCGGAUCCAGCGCUCGGAUCAUGGCAUGCUGCCCACACCGGGCAUCCAGCACUGACCAUGGGGCUCCGGUCCAGAACCGUCGCUAGCGGCUCGGAGGAUCACAAAAAGCCCUCUUCCGGCGUUCCUCCCGGGGACUUACUGGACCAAGGCACCGGGGGAGCGGACAAGGAUGGCGCCCUGCUCCUGGUGGCUUCGGGCAGGGAUGACUUCAAGCGGGGCUCUCAGGGCAUCGGCAUCGGGCUGCUGGCCAAGACCCCCCUGAGCUACACCCGGCCGGUGAAGAGGAAUAACAUCCGCAAGAGGAGGAUCCAGAACCUGAUCUACGACGCGCUGGAGAGGCCGAGAGGAUGGGCGCUGCUCUACCACGCGUUCGUGUUUUUAAUCGUCCUGGGCUGUUUGAUUCUGGCCAUUCUCACAACAUUCAGGGAACAUGAGAAGGUGUCUGCGCACUGGCUGGUUAUACUGGAGACCUUCGCCAUUUUCAUCUUCGGAGCGGAGUUUGCACUGAGGGUCUGGGCGGCAGGUUGCUGCUGUCGCUACAAAGGAUGGAGGGGGAGGCUGAAGUUCGCUCGCAAACCCCUGUGUAUUUUAGACAUCUUUGUGCUGAUUGCCUCGGUGCCGGUGGUGGCGGUGCGUAACCAGGGUAAUGUGUUGGCCACGUCCCUGCGCAGCCUGCGCUUCCUGCAGAUCCUGCGGAUGCUGCGCAUGGACCGGAGAGGGGGGACCUGGAAACUGUUGGGCUCCGCCAUCUACGCCCACAGCAAGGAGCUGAUCACAGCCUGGUACAUCGGCUUCUUGUCUCUGAUCCUUGCGUCCUUCCUGGUCUACCUCGUGGAGAAGGACGACGUCUCCAUGGAUGUGUCUAACAACGAGAACCCCACCGCUCAGCCCAAACCACAAGACUUUGACACCUACGCCGACGCUCUGUGGUGGGGGCUGAUCACUCUGACCACCAUCGGUUACGGGGACAAAACCCCAAAGACCUGGGCUGGGAGACUGUUAGCCGGCACCUUCGCUCUGAUCGGAGUGUCCUUCUUCGCUUUGCCUGCAGGGAUCCUGGGUUCAGGCUUGGCUCUGAAGGUCCAGGAGCAGCACAGACAGAAGCACUUUGAGAAGCGCAGACAUCCAGCCGCCGGGCUCAUCCAGUCUGCCUGGCGAUAUUAUUCCACCAAUCCAAUCAGGGAAGACCUCAUUGCCACGUGGAGAUUUUACGAAACAGUCAUCUCUCUUCCCUGUUUCAGGAAGGAUCACUUGGAGGCCAUGGCGAGCCAGAAACUGAGUUUACUCGAGCGUGUUCGGCUUCCAAAUGCCAGACCGUCAAUCGGGGCGGGUAAGAAGCUCACAGGUAACGCUGAGUCCAUCGAGGAAAGCCCAUCUAAAGAGCCCAAACCAGCAGGCUUCAGUAACCGGGAACGCUUCCGCACCGCCUUCCGCAUGAAGGCCUAUACACUCCGCCAGAGCUCUGAAGAUGCUGGAGCUUUGGCUGAUCCAGCCUUAGAGGAGCGGGGCUUCCCUCCAGACAUCCUCAUGGAGGAGAUGAUCCCCACGCUGAAACUGGUCAUCAGGGCAGUCAGGAUCAUGCAAUUCCUCCUGAACAAGAAGCGGUUUAAGGAAACUCUGAGGCCUUAUGAUGUCAAAGACGUGAUCGAGCAGUACUCUGCUGGACACCUGGACAUGCUCUGUAGAAUUAAAUACCUCCAGACAAGGAUCGACAUGAUUCUUGCCCCUGGACCCCCCCUCACUCCGAAACACAAGAAAACUCAGAAAACGCCCUUUACCUACCCACCCAACCAGUCACCCAGGCACGAGUCCUUCCUAGCCAAAGCCGCCUCCAUGCCGGACACCGAGGACCAAAGCAUGAUGGGUAGAUUUGUCAGGGUGGAGAGACAGGUGGAGGACAUGGAGAAGAAGUUGGACUUCCUGGUGGACAUGCAUAUCCAGCACACUGAGCACCUGCAGGUGGACUCUGCCGGCGCUGCCCACAUGACUCUGGAGACCUGCGGUCCUGCGGGGAACGGUGAGAUCAGACGGGUCUUCUUCAACUACGCAGAGGCGUUCCCGCACAUGUCGUACCAGGUGCCUGUCAGCAAGGUGAAUCCAUAUUACGGCAGGGGUGGUGGAAGAGGAGGUGGAGAGGGGGUGGGGUUAGGAGGAGGAGGAGGAGGCCGUGUUCCUCCAGAUCAUCAACCCCCGCCGCCACACCUCUACCAACGCCACCCUUCAGCUGCCAUCCCCACCUACACCGAGCGUCCCACAGUGUUGCCCAUCAGCUCCCUGCAGGACUUGUCAGCAGGGCUGGGCAGGACCACAGGGGGGCGGGGGGCCGACUCACCUCUCUCCAUGCUGUCGGUGAACCACGAGGAGCUGGAGCGCUCACCCAGUGGCUUCAGCAUUUCCGGGGAGCGGGAGGGGGAGGAAGGGGAGGACCUGUCGAUGGGGGCCAAGGCAACCGGGGACGCAAGCUGGACGAGACCCAGACCGAGCUACCUGGCGGAGGGGGAGACGGACACAGACACAGACCCUUUUACACCCAGCGGGGGGCCCAUGCCGCUCUCCUCCACGGGGGAGGGAUUUGGCGACGCCGUGUGGAACACGCCACCAUGAGGUGUUUGUGUGACUGCACAGAAAUCCACGACUCUGAGUUAAGACCUUAAAUCCAACCCAUGCCUCUAAACCCAAAUCAGUUUGGGUCAAAGCCACAUCUCUGGACUGAACCAUUUGGAAUAAAGGCGGGUCUAAUCCGCCUUGAUUCUGUGAGGUCACAAGAGAGGUCAUCGACCGCCAGAGGCCACUGCCGAUCUCAUCAACCGACCGCCGUCCAGACAGAGAGCCAUGGCAACGAAACUGCCCAGAGAAAAAGGGAAACCAGACGUUUGUAAAGUAAAACUCUGUACAGCGCACUCUUCGCAAAAAUUAGCUAAAAUAAAAAAGAACAUUAAUAUACAUACUAUAUACACCCAAAAGCUUUAUCGCUGCAAAGCCAACCGCACUGCAUGUGACGCAUGCGAUUUUUAGUGUAGACACUGCAAAGUUCAGGAUAUCAGGAAACGGAAAAAGAGAUUGAAUGGAUACAUAUACUUGCUAUGCCAUUUUGUAACACUUAUUUUUUUAUAUGAAUACAUUUUCAUUGUUUUUUGCAUGGUUUGCAUGAUAAUGCACCAUUCUAGACGUAACGGUUGGAGGGUGAUACUGGGAACCAAAAGUCUCCUGUCUCUUUGUUUUGUAUGUUGUCUGGUGAGUGUGUUUCUGGGCGUGUGUGUGUGUGUGUGUGUGUGUGUGUGUGUGUGUGUGUGAGAGAGAGAGAGCUCCAGAAAGAAAGAAAGAGGAGGACUUGGGUAACAAAACGCUGGUUAGUUGCUGGCAGUCGUGUUUCACCGUUUCUGCUUUUCUGGCGUUGUGCUGUAAAUUCUUCGAGGAUCAUUUCUGUCCAGAAAGCAGAACUUCUGAUCCUGUCACUUUGUUUGUUUUCACACCACUGUGCUCUUUAGUUGUAUGUCACCACUUUAUGCAUACAAACUUUCCACUUGGAAAAAAAAAUCAAAACGAGAAAUUCAACAGAAUUUGAAACACUAAAUCUCUGCUGCUUUGUUGGCACAUGACUUCAGGGAUAUGAACCACCUGUACAUCUUUAAUUUACUAAGAUUUCUAAGCUGAGUUCAGUUAAUCACCACUUUUAGGAUUUAACAGUAGUUUACAAUAUCAGUGCAAAAUAGUGGCUAAAACUACUAAGAUUUUAAAUGAGUAAAUCAGUGUAUUACUGAUUAUUUUCCUUUCACACAGACUAUUUCUUUGUGCCACGUCAAAUGCUUAGAGGUUCUUAAAUAGGGCAAGUGAAAAAUGAUCUCCAUCAAAACUUUUAUUGCAUUGCUACUGCAAAGAUACAUUCAGUCCUGUUUAGUAUCUGAAAAAGUAAACACAUGAACAUAUGAACGUGUUCUUCAGUGUGUUCUUCACAGAUCUGAUGUUUUAACAGUCAUUUUGGUUGAUUAUUACCUGAGGUCCUUCAGAGGAGGCCAUCGGUGGUUUUAAUCCCCCACUCCAUGUCUGAAACGUGUAAAAUACAAAUUCCGACCGAAAACAGCAUUUUCCCCAAACACCGAAUUCUGCACUUUUGCAAUAAAACUUUAGCUGGUGAUGAUGAGGAAUUAUCUUUGGAGUAGCUCGUCAGCAGUAAACUUCACAUUUCCAGUAUAUACAAUCCUCUGACUUGAAGAUAUAAUAGAAAGGGAAUACACAAUAAUGAAAUUAAAGGAACAUUUACCAAAACAGUUGCAAUAAAGGAGUCAGUCUCCAACCAGUUAUAAACAUUAAGUUAUAAUCUUUCUAUACAUUAAAGCAGCAGGAAAGUAAACUGAAGAUUUAAAAAUAAGACUGAAUUUCUCUACUGCCCAACAUCUUUAUAGUGACUGACAAGAUGGAACUUCAUAAUGUGCUAUUUUUUAAUCUAAAUUAGUUUUGAACACACACAUUCGAGCGUAUUGUUCACUGCUGCACUGUAAGAGACUGUAAUAUCCGGUGACCAACACAAACUCACACUGAAAGCAACAGCACCACAUUUUGGAUUGAACUUGAGUGACAUGUUAGUGAUUGGCUGCGACGGCGGAGGUUUCUGAUGUCGGUGGGUAACAUUUUGUUAAAAAAGCAACACAACACCUGAGCGCCCCCCCCCAAAAAAAAAAAAAAAAAAGCUUUA